UUUGUUUCCGCCAUGCCCAUCAAGCAUUUUCAAAACUUCCUCGUGGAGCGGAAACACCUCCAAACUCUCCCUCUCUCUGUGCUCUCCGACUCACGCCUGGGUAUUGACGCGUCCCACUACCUCGAACAGCUCACCGACAAUCCACCAACUCGGGAGCCACUUUUGGCUGCUACCGGUGGUCUACCCCUUGCCCUAGCGCAACGAAUCGAGACAGACUUGCGUACCCUCGAGCGCCUUCGUAUCAAACCCGUUUUCGUUUUCACUGGUCUCACCCCAAACCGACGGUGGAAGCCCAAUGCCGGGUUAGACUAUACGGAGGCUUGUCGAGAUCGUCGUGAUGCAUGGUCGAAGUAUGAAGCGGGCCAGGAGGAUGCAGCCACGAAGCUUUUUGAGGGCAGAAGUGCUUUUCAGCAGUGGGAUCUUUGGCGGAUGGUUUUGCGCAUUUUUCGUCAUCGAAACGUCGAAUAUAUUGUGGCGCCGUAUGUUGCCUGGGCUCAACUCAUCUACCUCCAACGGCACCCAAAACAAUAUAUUCAUGCGAUAUAUGGGUCGACUGACACACUACUCUAUCCUGGUGUCGAUAAACUCAUCACUGGGGUCGACCUUGGCGCUCCUACGCCAUCCUUUACCUUUCUCUCCAAGCGUAACAUCAUACAGGAACUUCAGGUCUCCGAAGACCAGUUCCUUGACAUUGCAAUCCUUGUCGGCUUUUCCCAUUCGCCUGCAUUCCCUCCAACAAUGCACGAACAAGCUCUGAAGGCAACGGUCGAUAUGGUAAAAUACUAUAAAUCUGGGUUUGCCGCUGUCUCUGCAUUCGCAGAACACCCUGCCGUCAAAAGCAUCAACUAUACGGAACAUUAUGCGAGGACAAGGAGUAUGGUUCGCUAUAGCCUUAUCUUGUCUGCGGAAGGUCAAGUGCUACCUCUUCCUGUGUCUGGGAAUGGAGGCGGUGGACCAUCUGCCUCUGAUGUACCCACCGACCUACAUGAUGUAUUCACCAAUCGCCUGCCUGAUGAAAUAUUUUUCUAUCUUUCGCGUGGACUGGUCGGUCCCCAAGCCCUCAUUUGGUUAACUAGUGGCCAAAUUAUUGAGCCACCACCACUCGACAACGGCGAGACGACAGAAUACAAGCGAUUCAUCAAGGAAGUUGUAACUGACGGCCAGACUGGGCCUCGUGCAACUGCAUUGGCUCUGUUGUCGAGCGUUUGCCACCCAUUCUGGGCUAAUCGGAAAGUAGCGGGAUUCUUUUGGUUUGAUCAACAACCCGGACCCCAUGCUUCGAAACAAAUCGCGCACAGUGCUCCGCAAACAGUGCAGCUAGCAGAGCGUGUCGCUGGGUGGAACGUACCCUAUGCAACGGUGGAGGAGGAGUUGAGGAGACAAAAUUCUUCCACCAUCGAUUUUGCUUUAUGUCUGGGGGCGACAGCAAGCGAGCGUCUUGCGGGGCGAACAAAAGGUCGAGCCGGUUCAGCCCCGUUCGACAAGAAGGACGAAGUUGUCGCAAAUGUCAUCUGGCGAUUCCUUGAACUGCGUGGCUUCUUACUGAAUACUCAUACACACUCGCCACUUGCUAGGGCAAUGUAUGUUGCCGUCAAGACAGCCAAGGUGAACGACAAAUUUCAAGACUCGUUAUAUCUGUUCCUCGAGCUUGUGCGGGCGGGAGUCAUGCAUGGCCAUCUGUGGAGUGGUCGGGCCUUCAGCGGUGGACCGAGUUUCGGAACGGAUGAGGAAAAGUCUGCGAUGUUGCUCGUCAUGCGCGUCUUAAGCAUUGUUCCGCUCAAUUUCAAGGCUCAACCUUGGUCUGCCCCUCUUUCCCGCGAGCUCCUGGUCUUCAACGCAUUCGUUCGGAGCCUUACGCGAGCUUUGCGCACGUUGAUUGAGGUUACGAGUCUCAAUAUGCUGUUGCGGAACGAUGCGCGUCGAGCUCGGGAUGAUCUGUUGGAUAUAUCGCUGAGCCUGCCAUUCCAGACUGAGGUCAACACGGGAUUCGGAGUACUUGCGAAGGUUUACUUGGAUGCACUCACACAUAUUAAUAACCGAACACGAGUUCGAGACCCCAAUGCGCCUGGGGUCAAGGAGGCCAAGGCCAUGGCGCUCGAAAUUUGUGAAGAAACAUUCCCUGGCGUCAAAUAUCCGAAACUUGAGGUCGAGCGCGGUUUCCGUUUCUGGGACUUGGCACUUACGGCGAUGAGGCAACUGCAUUCAGAGGCAGCUGUUCUGAGGGAGCUUGUUGACCAAUUUGAGGCAGCCGAAGCAUGGUUGGCGCCGAUGCGGCCGUGA